GGGCCCUGACCAACUUGCCAGGCCGGGCCCAGAACACAAAAGAUGCAAGAAACCUUAGUAAACAAAGGAAAGUCUCUUUCUCUCUCUUGCAUCGGAGCUUCCCUUGUCGGGGCUUCCGGAGUAUUUCCGCGAGCCGAACCGCCGACAGGGCCCCGACGUUCGCCGCUCUAUGCGCAGAAAAGUCGUUGACGCCUGCAAUCAUGGGGGACUUGUCACGUCACUGAGCAAAAAGCCUUCCUCUCAGUCCAUUUCGGCCGCUUCAAUAAGCAAACUGAGAGAGACGGACAAGGAAACAGAGAUACCGCUUGGCCCUCAGCUAUCAGCAUGGCCAAACCCCAGAAAGUCGUCGUGGUCGGCGCCGGUCCCGUUGGCUCGCUAGCGGCGUUGUACGCUGCGCAGCGCGGAUACAAUGUCGAGAUUUAUGAGCUGAGAGCCGACUUGCGGGAUCCUUCAACAACCCUCUUAAACUUCACCCGGUCCAUCAACUUGGCGCUGUCGGAGCGCGGCAUCAACGCCAUGCGCAAUGCUGGCCAACCAAAGCUACUGGAACAUGUCUUUGGCGCCACUAUCCCCAUGCGGGGACGCAUGAUCCAUGGCAGAACCCCGAAGGGUGAUCUGUACGAGAUCGCCCAGGAUUACGACGUUCAUGGCAGGGCCAUCUACGCCGUGGACCGAGCCGGUCUGAACAAGCGCAUGCUUGACAUUCUCGAAGAGAUGUCCAACGUCAAGUUCUUCUUCAACCACAAGCUCACCGGCGCAGACUUUAGGAAAUGCAAGGCUUGGUUCGAGGUCAUGACCUCUGAGUCCGCGACAGGCCGUGCCAAAGAGAUUGAGAUCGACUUCGACCUCAUGAUCGGUGCCGAUGGCGCCCAUUCAGCCGUCAGGUACCAUCUAAUGAAGUUCACCCGGAUGAACUACAAGCAGGAGUACAUCGACACCCUGUGGUGCGAGUUCCAGAUCAAGCCCGCGAAGCCCCCUUCGGCGGGCGGCGAGGGUCCCCAUUUCAGAAUCUCACCAAACCACCUCCACAUCUGGCCCGGCAAAGACUUCAUGUUCAUUGCCAUCCCCAGCGACGACGGAUCUUUCACAUGCACACUAUUCCUGCCCAGCGAGCAAACCGUGGCGCUAGAAAACGACCCCUCCAGCGUGCCCACCUUUUUUAACAAGCACUUCCCAGGUGUCACAGAUCUCAUCCCCGCAGAGAACCUGAUCGCGUCCUUCAAGCAGAACCCACAUCUACCUUUGAUCAGUAUCAAGUGCAGCCCAUACCACUAUGACGCCUCCGCAAUUAUCGUUGGCGACGCUGCACACGCCAUGGUUCCCUUCUACGGUCAAGGCAUGAACGCGGGCCUGGAAGAUGUCCGAAUCCUCUUCUCCAUCUUGGACAAGCACUGCCGCAUGGGCGAAGUCAACGACCCUACAGGACAAGCAGACGCCGCCGCCGCAGCAGCCCACCAGAGAGGCGUCGCGCUGGCCGAGUACACGGCGAACAGAGUCCCUGAUGCGCACUCCAUCAAUGAUCUCGCCCUCCAGAACUACGUCGAGAUGCGCGCCUCGGUGCUGUCCCCCCGCUACCGCCUCCGGAAGUGGCUCGAGGAGGCCAUAUCUGUGUAUAUGCCCGGUCUGGGCUGGCAGACGAAGUACUCGCGCGUCAGCUUCGGGAACGAGCGGUACUCGGAGGUCGUCGCCAAGAGUAACCACCAAGGCCAGGUGCUGUUGAAGACGUUUGAAGCGCUCGUUUACAGUCCGCUGGUAAUCGGGGCCGUGUAUUUGUGGUGGAAGCGACCGCAGGCGGUUGUCGGCGCCGUGCAAAGGCUUUUGCGGACUUUACUGUAAAACCAAAGCGUGUUUGGGGGUUGUAGUCACGAUAUGAAUGCCAAGUGCAUAUGUGCAAAUCUAAAAAUAAGAAGAAAAUUCCCGAGAAGGGAAAGCGUACUUGCACUGUGGUCCACGGAGCUCAAAAGAUUUGGUAAAUAUAAUAUGAAC